AUGAUUUGGAUACGUUAUAAAGCCGAUCAAAUUCAUCCAACAUUGGAUUCUCUUCGACAUACUUAUUCACAACAUCAAAAACGUGUCGAAAUACAAGAAGAUCUCUCUCAACAUAAAACAAAUUGGAAAGUCAUCGGUAGUCUCAUAUCGCUCGUUACAUUUGUCACAUUAUUCUUUGCAACAAUUGUUGGAAUACCGAUUAUUUUAACGGAAAUAAAAAAAGAAUCGAUCUGUUCUAUGACAUCCAAUUGGAUUCAAUAUUCAGCGAUAAAUGCAACUGCAGUAUGGAAUCCUAAAGGUAUCACUGUUGCUGGUAUAGCUGGUGGAAUACCAUCAACAUCACUUGACGGUUUACAGUAUCCUACUGAUAUAUAUGUAUACGGCAAUGGAACUCUAUUAGUAGUCGAUUGCAACAACAAUCGUGUUACUAAAUGGGAUCCAAAUACUACAGUAGGAGUACUAAUAGCGGGUACUGGUGCAUAUGGUUCUUGGAGUACCUUACUUGCUAAACCGGCAGCUCUUGCUGGUAGUUCUCCAGAAGCUGUAACAUUAAUCGGACGUUAUGGUCAAGGUUCUGAUAUAAAUCAAAUCGAUCAGGUAACCAGUUUAAUAGCUCCGGCUUUAUAUCCAUCAUUAUUAUAUAUGGCUGAUUCGAAAAAUCAUCGAAUUCUUGUUUGGAAUUCAGAAACAGAUACUACGAAAUUAAUUGCCGGUGAAUCAAACACAUUUGGAUCUGAUUCAACACACUUAUACAAUCCCAUUGGUAUUGCAUUAAAUGAAAAAACAAAUUCAUGUUAUAUUGCUGAUAAAUCUAACAAUCGAAUACAAAAGUACGAUAUAAAUGAACGAAAUUCAAUUGUGACUGUAGCCGGUUGGGGUCAACUUAAUAAUCCAUACGCCGUACAACUUGAUCCAUCCGGUACUAAUAUGUUCAUUGCAGAUACAUUCAAUCAUCGUAUUUUAAUAUGGACAAAUGGUGCUCGACAAGGCCGAAUUAUUGCUGGUGAUAAUACACCAGGUAAUAGUGCCUUUAAACUUAAUAAUCCAAUUCAAAUUCGAUUUGAUUCAAAUCAUAAUUUAUAUGUUGUUGAUACUAACAAUUCUCGUAUUCAACGUUUCGAUCUUAUCUCGAAUGGAUGUUAA